AAUACGUAAUGAUGAGCCAACGAUAUGACCAGCGGCCCUGGAGGAGGUGGUGGACCCGGGGGCGGUGGGCAGCAAGCGCAGCAGCAACAACAGCAGCUUAACAACGGCAACAGUAGCGGCAGCGCAGCAGCAACAACAACAACAACAACAACAGUGAACAGCAGCAAUAUAUCAACAGUAGCAACAACAUCAACUGGAGCAGCGACUUCAACAGCUGGCAGCAAUUUACAGCGACGCAUUCUACGCGGUCAUGCCGCUCAAACAACCAACGGCGAACGCGUAUUGCUUAUAAAUUAUGUGCCACAAACAGCAACAGCGUCAGCAGCAGCAGCAACAGCAACACACACUACUAACAGCAGCAGCAGCAGUUCACAUCAGUUGCCCACACGCAAAAUACUUCAGGCCAGAGCAGCAGCAGCAACAGCGUCAGCUGCAACAGCAACGAGCGUAGCAACAACACCCAACGUAUCCUUUGCUGGCCUUGGCUCUGAGGUGACCGUAACGCUAACACGCACCAAUCAGCGCGCCAGCGUUACCAAUGUCACAUCCGCCGGUCAUAUUGUACGGAAUCAGCAAACAGUUUAUCAGACGACGACCACAGCAGCAGCAGCAGCAACCACCACAGCAACUAGCAACACAAUUAUGCACGAGCCUGUGCAACAUAUAGCGGCAACACCCACAACACCGCCGCCGCUGCGCUGGCAACAGCAACAGGAAUAUACACAAGAGCAACAGCAUAUUAUAAUAGAUCAUCAUCAGCAGCAGCAGCAACAACAACAGCAGCAGCAGCAACAGGAUGUAGAUGAUCAGUUAAUAGAAUAUGAUGAUAGCGAGGCUAUUAUGGAGGAGCAACAUCACCAGCAGCAGCAAUACCAUCAACAUCAGCAAUUAGAGCUGCAGGAUGAAAUGCAGGAACAUGAUCCACAGCAGCAUCAUGAUGUGCAGGAAGUUUAUCUGCAGUAGUAACAAUGUUAUAUCUAAUCUAUAUACAUGUAUGUGUAGCUGUUAGUAAUUUGUAAGUUUUAAAAACAUUUUCACACACAAUUUACAAUUUACAAUAUGUAGUAAUUAUCCAAACAAUUGACAGAAUCAAUGUAAACUCUAUAACUUAAUCGAUACCGAUGUAUAGCGUGCUGAAGCUCUUAGAAUUUCUUAGUUUCCUCAAACACCCCCCCCAUUUGUAUUGUAUAUACAUAAAAUAAAUAUUAUUA